AUGGUAUGGGAUUACUAUAAUGGCAAGAUCCUGUUCAUCACUGGCGGGACUGGGGUCAUAGGCACUGCCCUCCUAUACCGCCUCUUGACCCAGUCCGCGCCAAAACGGGUCUAUGUGUUGAGCCGCGGUGGUUACUCAAACGCAAAGGCAAAAUGGUCCAGUUUGAUGCCGGCUCACUUUGCGAAAGUCCUUUAUGAUAGCAAGUGUAUAAAAGUCAUGGACGGCGAAUUAGGUGACACGGCAACAAUGAAUCUAUCCGAUGUUGAUCUACAGAUGCUGAAAAGAACUGUACACAUCAUCAUACACGCUGGUGCCACGAUGGAGGUCACAAACUCGCUCCGAGAGUUAUCAUACAAAAUCAUCGCGCCUACCUUGUGUUUGACCCAGUACGCAUUGAAGUUCGCCAACCUGGAACGGUUCGUGUUUCUUUCGACGGCAUACACCAAUGCACACCUGUGGAAAACCAGCAAAUCUACCGAUGUUCCAGUCAAAGAGAGGGUAUACCCUCUAGGAGACGAAAGUGAAGAUCGACCCUAUCGGACAGCCCCGGAAAUAUGGAAACACGUACAGAAGACAGGCUCAUCAGACGAGUACGACACACACGACUUUCCCUGGCCAUACGCCUAUGCCUUGCACCUUUCCGAGCGGCUAGUUCUAGAAAAGGCCGCUCAGAAAAAUCUACUGAAUAAGAUUCUUAUCAUUCGCCCUUCGGUCAUUGGCCCAGCGGAUCACUCACCAUACCCGGGUUUCACAACCUCACACCCAACCCCGUCUACUGCCUGUGCUGCUGCAUAUGCACUGCACCCCGGUCGGAAGAUUAUGCUCUCCUCGCGCUGCCCGAAUCCAGAUCAAGAGGUUACUAUCGAUGAAGUCCCCGUGGAUGUCGUCGCAGACAGAUUACUCGUGCAUGUAGCCCUGGGCUCGAGCGGGUGUGUUCAUGCUGUCAGUGGGGAGAAGGGUAGACUUCGGAUUGAGGACUGGUGGCACGCCUUCAAAAACGAGCGCCGACUUCCUUGGAAUGUGAAACCUGUUUGGACGUCUGAGGAUUGGCACUCUGCGAAUCUGCAUCAUAUGGCACGGGAUUUCAAGAUCAUUGGGACUUCUUUUGCGUUUUCUGAUGAGAAGACCGAUGCACUGGUGAAGACGAUUAAUGCGGAAGACUGUGAAAAGCUGAUCCUCUAUGCGGACCGAUCGAAGCCGUAUCAUCAUUCGAUGGUUCAUCAACGGCAUCAUAUUCACAAUGCGGCGAGAUCGUUGGCGAAGAAGACUCGGUGGCCAGUUUGUUCAGUGCGGUUCCUUUGUCGGAAGGGUCCGUCUCCGUUGCAGAUGAACCAUGUGAAUGAAAAAGCUGUGAAAUAA